CUUCACUCCACUUGUCAAAAUGGCGUUGUUCGUAGUAGCAGACUUGAGUUAGUUCUUAUUAUUCAGUUAUUGGGAAACAUACGCAGCGUUAGACCCGACAGUAUGGCGACCCUGGAUCAGAAAUCACCCAAUGUGCUUCUCCAGAGCCUCUGCUGCAGAAUCACGGGGAAAAGCGAAGCUGAAGUUGCCCACCAGUUCCAGUAUGCAGUGCGAGUCAUUGGCAGUAACUACGCCCCCACUAUUGAACGGGAUGAGUUCCUGGUGUCAGAGAAGAUCAAGAAAGAAUUGCUGAAGCAGAGGAGAGAAGCCGACGCUGCUCUGUUCUCAGAGCUGCAUAGAAAACUUCAGACGCAGAGUGUUUUGAAGCAUCGCUGGUCUGUUCUCUACUUGCUGCUCAGCCUCUCUGAAGACCCCCGCAAACCGUCCGGCAGGGUUGGAAACUAUGGAGCACUCUUCGCCCAGGCGCUCCCCAGAGACGCCCACUCCACCCCGUUUUACUGCACCCGGCCUCAGAGCCUGGCCCUGGGCUACGGAGAGAGGAGCGCCGGGCUGUCGGCCAGCAUGGGGACCAGCGGCAUCUCCAGCCUGGGAGUGUACACACUGAACGGGCCCACAGUCACGCCACAGUCACUGCUGUCUGGUCAGCCCCCUCAGUCUGCAGCCGCUCAGCCUCUGGGUGCCCGGCUGGCCUGGGCUCUUCCUGUCAGCUCUUCCUCUGCGUUGGCCCCUCUCGCCACUCGACCGCUCCUCGGACCUCCGGUUCCCUCCUCCAGAGUGGUCCGACCUCGCAAAGACGGCGAAGUGAGCGAGGCGGCGCUGGUGCGGGACAUCCUGUACGUCUUCCAGGGAAUCGACGGCAAGUUCAUCAAGAUGAGCGUCCAGGAUAACUGCUACAAGAUAGACAGCAAGGUGGUGCUGUGUAAAUCCCUGAGGGACACCAGCAGCCGGCUGGCAGAGCUCGGCUGGCUCCACAACAAAGUCAGGAAGUACACCGACGCCAGGAGCCUGGACCGGGCCUUCGGACUGGUCGGACAGAGCUUCUGUGCCGCGCUGCACCAGGAGCUGAAGGAGUACUACAGGCUGCUGUCUGUCCUCCACUCCCAGCUGCAGGUGGAGGAUGAGCACGGUGUGAUGGUGUGCACAGAGAGCAGUCUGACUCUCAGGAGGCUCCUGGUUUGGAUGUACGACCCUAAAAUCCGACUCAAAACACAGGCGGCACUCGUCGACUUCUGCCAAGGUCGGAAAGGAGGCGAGCUGGCGUCAGCAGUUCACUCUUACGGGAAGACGGGCGACCCACAGAUGAGAGCGCUGGUCCAACACAUCCUCAGCCUGGUGUCCAACCCCAUCCUCAACUUCCUGUAUCGCUGGAUCUACGACGGGGAGCUGGAAGACACCUACCACGAGUUCUUUGUAGCAUCAGAUCCCAACGUGAAGACAGACCGUCUGUGGCACGACAAGUACUCCCUCAGGAAGUCCAUGAUCCCCACGUUCAUCACCAUGGAACAGGCCAGCAAGGUCCUGCUAAUUGGUAAAUCCAUCAACUUCCUGCAUCAGGUCUGUCAAGACCGAACACCGCUCGGCAAAAUCACGCCGGCGUCGAACUCUGCAGACACACCCAGAGAUACUGCGGAGCUGCUGUCAGACCUGGAGGGGGCGUUUCAGGAGAAGAUCGACGCCGCCUAUUUCGACACCAGCAAAUACCUGCUGGACGUUCUGAACCGCAACUACCUGCUGCUGGAGCACCUGCAGGCCAUGAGGAGAUACCUGCUGCUGGGCCAGGGAGACUUCAUCAGACACCUGAUGGACCUGCUCAAACCGGAGUUAGUGCGUCCCGCCACCACUUUGUACCAACACAACCUGACGGGGAUCUUAGAGACGGCAGUCAGAGCCACCAACGCUCAGUAUGACAAUGCAGAGAUCCUCAAGAGGCUGGAUGUACGCCUGCUGGAGGUGUCUCCAGGUGAUACCGGCUGGGAUGUUUUCAGUCUUGACUACCACGUUGAUGGACCCAUUGCUACGGUGUUUACAAGGGAGUGUAUGGGCCACUACCUCCGUGUGUUUAAUUUCCUGUGGAGGGCAAAGAGGAUGGAGUACACACUGACGGACAUCUGGAAGGGACAGAUGUGUAACGCCAAGCUGCUCAAAACCAUGCCAGAGUUGUCCGGUGUGCUGCAUCAGUGCCACAUCCUGGCCUCCGAGAUGGUCCACUUCAUCCACCAAAUGCAGUACUACAUCACCUUUGAGGUGCUGGAGUGCUCCUGGGACGAGCUGUGGAACAGAGUGCAGCAGGCGCAGGAUCUCGACCACAUCAUCGCCGCCCACGACCUGUUCCUCGACAGAGUCAUCUCAAGAUGCCUGCUAGACAACAGCAGCAGGAAUCUUCUGAACCAGCUGAGGGCCAUAUUCGACCAGAUCAUCGAGUUUCAGAGCGCCCAGGACUCGCUGUACCGCUCGGCUCUGGAGGAACUCACCCUGCGGCUGCAGUUUGAGGAGAGGAAGCAGCAGAAGGAGACCGAGGGUCAGUGGGGAGUGACGGCUGAACAGGAAGCGGAGGAGAAGAAGAGGAUUCAGGAGUUCCAGGAAACCAUACCAAAGAUGCGCUCCCAGCUCCGCAUCCUCACACACUUCUACCAGAACAUCGUGCAGCAGUUCCUGGUGUUGCUGAUGACCAGCACGGAUGAGAGUCUGCGUUUCCUCAGCUUCAGACUGGACUUCAAUGAGCACUACAAGGCCAGGGAGCCGAGGCUGCGAGCAUCACUGGGAACCAACAGGGGGCGACGGCAGUCAAAUAUCUGACGUGAAGACGGUGACAAUAACAAGCGAGGCUCCCACUGAUUGGAGUAGGACAUCACAGCGAGGGGCCGCACAGCAGACUUAAGUUUCGAGAUGAUGUCAUGCCUUGGAGGAGUGAACAAGCGGGUCGCCAAGUGAUGACAUCACAGCAGACAGCUCCAGUGAAGUCAGUUGUGUGGGACCCCAGAAGAUUUAAGUCCAGUAAAUCAAACUUUUAAAAUAAGCGCCGUAAAACAGACUGAAAUCCAGCAGGACAUGGGGUCAGGCUGAACUCACACAGGCAUGCCUUAAUAUGAACGAGGGAAAAAACUAUUUUCUCAGCGUUGGUUGCCAAAACUAGUCCCAUCACACGUAAUGUAUGUACAUAGAGUUUAUGCAAAAAUGUAAAUGUGUGUGUAUAUUUGCAUCUCGACACCGUCACCUGUGGCUUCACAUCUUCUCACUAGGGUUCAACCGAUAUGGGUGUGAUGUUGACAUUUUUGCAGUUUUGUAUUUGUAACAGAUGUUACAAUUAUUAAAGUAGAGCAUUUUUUGUACAAUUUCUCCUUAAGAUGCUGCGUUUCUGCUGCGGAUUGGCUGGAGACACUGCAGUCUUCAGAAUAUUGAAAAUGUAUGUUCAGUAUCGGCACGAUAUCGGUCUAACCCUAGUUCUCCAAUCUCGCCUCCUUACAAUUCAGGGUUUUUGAGUGUGUUCGGUCAGCUGAUCACAAUCACAGAGGGUUUUGUACCUCUGGCUCAUUCAGCCCCUUUGGUUCAGACUUUGUUUACACCUUAUCUGACAUUAGUUGUUGAUUUCAAUAGAAGCGUUACUGUUUGACAUUACAUGUGUGAGGCGUAGGAAACAAAAGCCUCUUAUGAGUUUGGAUUGAAGUUUGUGCUUUUAUGUCUGUAUGAGAGAUGAAGCAACAACCACAACAACCUCACUCUACUCAUUUCACAAACAGGAACUACACAUGUUCAGAUGUGUCUUUAAGAGAAAUGUCAUUUUUUAUUUAUUUAACAAUGAAUGGUUUUAAAUGUUAAAUUGCGCAGUUUAUUUUCUGAAGUGCGACAUUAUAAAGAAGGGUGUGUGGUUUGUAGUGUUAAUAAAUAAGGUUUGCUCUGCGCAUAUUGAGAAGAAGCUUCUGAUGGGUGGGUUCGGUUCAGUGUGGUAGCAACGAUCUGCUGGUAUCAAAAGUCGAAUGCUUUUUGCUUUAAAAAAUGGCCAACAUGUUUGUUUGGAUUGAAAAGUCAACAGCAUUUUAAUCACUAAAGUAUUACAAUCAUUUUCAUGUGAACAGCAUGGAUCUCACCUUAGGAGCUCUGAUCCGAGGUCAGCCAUGUUUCUAAAAGGAAAUCUAAAAGACGUCAAACAUGCAUUUUUAGAGGAUACAGUUAAUGUCGUUUUAUAGGCUUAAAAUACUUACUCUUACGUCCAACUUUAAUUUCAGUCACAAAGUGUUUCCUGGGAAGAUAUUUACUCCUGCAAAGCAAUCUUUAUUUAAUGUUUUCUAAGUUGUACUGCCAAUGAAACAAACUGGUGCUGCACAUGGUCACCGCUCUCUGACAAUUCAUUCUUCAUUGUGUGAAAAAUAUGAAUUGGGUCAGCGCUCCUGUCCUGUGUGUCUCCGUCUGUCUUCUACAUCCUAUAGCACAUAAUGUAUAGAAUAUAGGGAAUCAAACCAUCCCGCUUCUUCUUUAAUAAAAUGUUUUUUAUUA